AUGGGUAAGAAACGUAAGAUAUCAUCCUGUGAAAACAACGAAUCAGAAGAAAAAAAAGAACAAGAAGAUCAGCAAGAAGAAGAGGAUGAACAAUUGGAAUCUUCAGUUGAUCAAUCUGAACCAAAUAAUGAAGUUAUUCAUGCUUCUAAAACUAAAAAGAAACCAAUACCUGGUGUUAUUUAUCUCAGUCGAGUUCCAGAUAAAAUGAAUGUGACAAUUAUUCGAUCGUAUUUUGAUCAAUAUGGGCAAACUGGACGAAUUUAUUUGCAAUUAUCAAAAGAUGAAGGUAAAAGUAAACGUGAGCGUGGACCAAAAUAUACUGAAGGUUGGGUUGAAUUUAAAUCCAAACGUGAUGCUAAACUCAUAGCCAAGCAACUUAAUAAUCAACAAGUUGGUGGACGAAGACGUACACCAUGGUAUGAUGAAAUCUGGAAUAUAAAAUAUCUAUCAAAAUUUCGAUGGGCUCAUCUUCAUGAACGUUUUCAAUAUGAAAAUGAAGUACGAAAAAAACGAUUACGACAAGAAGUUCUUCAAGCUAAACGUGAAGCAAGUUUGUACAUUGAAAAUGUUGAAAAAGGCCGUAAAUUACGUAAGCUUGAAAGAAAAAUGAAAAACUCAUCUGAAGAUAUAAAUAUUCGUGACUGGCAUUAUGACCAACAAGAUCCACAUGAAGCUGCUGCACAACGUAAAAAUAAAAAGAAACAACAACAGCAACAAUCAACUGGACUUACUGAAAAUUUGUUAAAACAAAUUUUUCCAUCUUAA